AUGCGGCUGGUUCCCGCAUUGGCGGCCGUGGCCGCCGCCCUCGCCAUCCAGGUCGAAUGCUCACGCCUCACCCCUCCCGUACUCCCUCUUAUCGUGCGAAACCCCUAUCUCAGCACCUGGCUAAAUAAUGCACGAGACGUACCGUGGGAAAAAUGGCCAAUGUUUUGGACAGGUCAAGAGAUCGGCUUCUCCAUCCUUGCCAGUGUUCCCGGGGAGAGGACCGCAUACCCUUUGCUGGGAAGACCCCAGGACUCGCUCCGAAAGGAGGGUGACAAUUAUACUGUAUCGACACCUAUCUACCGUGGAGCGGUCUACGAUGCUUCUACUACGAAUCUGUCCUACUCUCUUCCGUUGCCUUCACUCUACUCCGAGUCCAGCAACAUUGACAUCACCAUCUCCUUCUUGUCUCCUAUAACGCCCACCUCGACUGUCAGACAGUCUAUACCGGCGAGUUACGUCACCGUGUACGUCUCGGGCAGUGUGCCUGUAGAUAUCUACAUUGACGUCAAUGGUCAAUGGGUCAGCGGUGACCGGGGAAGCAAGAUCGUUUGGGGUCUUGACCAUACAGCGUUGGAGGGUAUCUCGAAAGGUUUCAAGACCUGGAAGGUUCAGAGGGCUGUGCAACAACUUUUUACGGAAUUUCAAGAUCGUGCUGAAUGGGGUACCCUCUACUUCUCGGCUCCCUCGGACGUGCGACACGAGGCCGGUGUGUCGGCUCGGUUGAGACAGGAGUUUGCCAGGCAUGGGACUUUGAAAGACAAGAUCGACCACGACUUCCGUUCGAUCAUGGACGAGGAACCUGUCUUUGCAUUUUCAAAGUCUUUUGAUUUGAACAGCACGCGAACUACAGAUCAGAGCAUCACGUUUACGAUUGCUCACAUUCAGGACCCGGUUGUCCAGUUUGCUGCUGCGCGGGGGCUUACCUACAUGCGACCUUUGUGGGAGUCAUAUUUCCCGACUGUCCAGGAAGUGCUUACCUUCCACUACCUCGAUUUCCAUCAUGCUAGCCGGUUGGCGGCCAACUAUUCGGCGCAGUUGGCUAUCGACGCCUACCAGUCUGGUGCGGAGGACUACGUCGACAUCGUCGCUCUCUCCGCUCGUCAAGUCCUGGGAGCAACAAGCUUUUCGGGCACACCAGACGAUCCGAUUUUGUUUCUAAAGGAAAUUUCAUCUAACGGGAAUUUCCAGACAAUUGACGUUAUAUUCCCCGCAUUUCCGUUCUUUCUGUAUACGAACGCGCGAUGGCUUGGAUAUCUACUGGAGCCGCUCAUCGAGCACAUGCUGAGCGGGCAGUAUCCAAACAAAUACGCGAUGCAUGACCUGGGUUUCCACUUUCCAAAUGCCACUGGCCAUCCAUUGGGACAAGAUGAGUAUAUGCCCGUAGAGGAGUGUGGAAACAUCCUCAUCAUGGGACUGGCAUUGGCCAAUGCCUUAAAGAAUGAUGCGGGCUGGUCUGCGUCGUCCACAUGGCAGGCGAUGGGUGGUGUCCCCACACCAAUGCCCUCGUCGGACAGCCUAGCUCCUCUCUCAGUUGGUAAGGAAGACGGCAUCCUCUACAUUGAUGAUGCUUGGGUUGGGCAGCCUGCAAGCCUGAAGAGAGCCCAGAAGUGGGUCCACAGGAGCUAUCGGUUAUGGAAGCAGUGGACAAGCUACCUGGUCGAGUUCUCUCUGCUACCUCAUAACCAGCUCUCCACGGACGACUUUGCUGGCUGGCUUGCUCUGCAGACAAACCUGGCUCUCAAGGGCAUUAUUGGCAUCAAAGCCAUGGCUGGGCUUGCAGAACUCACAGAAAACCACGAGGACGUCAAGGUAUUCAACAACAUCUCCAAAGUGUAUAUCGAAAAGUGGGAAGAGUAUGGUAUUUCUCGUGACAAAACACAUGCCAAGGUCGCCUACAAUUGGUAUGGUUCUUGGACCACCACGUACAAUCUGUACGCGGAUAGUUUGCUAUGCUUCCACUUGGGCUCAGACAACUCGUCGACAAAGACCUCUAUUGCUGGACGUUACGAGUAUCAGAAACCACUCAAGGAUUCCAUUCCCGGGGACCACGACGGAUUCGUGCCGAAACACAUAUACCAGAUGCAAAGUGAUUGGUACUAUGCCGUCCGGCAGAAAUAUGGAUUACCUCUGGACUCGCGACACCUGUACACCAAGACGGAUUGGGAAUUCUUUGCAAUGGCCGUCGCCGCGCCGAAAGUCCGAGCCAACAUCUUACAAUCUGUCGCCAAGUGGGUGAAUGAGACUGUGACCGAUCGCCCUUUUACGGAUCUACACAUGACGGAAGGGGAAGGAGGGUUUCCCGGACCGAACUUUUUUGCACGGCCCGUGGUCGGAGGACAUUUUGCAUUUUUGACGUUGGGCCAAGCCUGUAAAGGCAAGGCUAUGGACGGCCUGAGCUAUCUGAAUGACGACGUGACGAAAGAGAUGGAUGUGCAGGGCAUAUUGGAUGCGGAGAGAGCAGAGGCUGGAUGGCACUCGCUCGAGCUGUGA